AUGGAUUAUUUACGUUGGCCUUAUCCAGAAGAAAGUCAAUCUGGUUUCUGGGGAGAAACAACAGCAAUCAUAGAUUGGUGUGAAGAAAAUUAUGUGGUCUCCAAUUACAUUGCUGAAUGGUCAAACACAUUAACAAAUUUAGGAUUUGUCAUGGCUGCUUCCUAUUCUAUAUAUUGCGCAUAUAGAAACAAACUAGAGAAAAGAUUUAUCCUUAUUGGGUUGGGGUUUGCACUUGUUGGAGUAGGGUCGUGGCUUUUCCAUAUGACUUUGAAAUUCCAUUUCCAACUGUUGGAUGAAUUGCCAAUGGUUUACGCAACUUCUAUCCCCUCUUGGAGUCUUUUCUCUGAAAUAUAUCAUUUGAAGAAAAAUGAAAAUAACACAAGUGAUGGUAAUUCUGUUGCAGUUAAUGUCAAUAACAGUGAAAAUAAAAAGAUACCUUUAAAAGAACAGCUAAUAUUUGGAGGACUGAUAACGGCUUUUGUUAGCUUCUUAACUUGGGUAUAUUUAGUAAAACAAGAUCCAAUCAUAUUCCAAGUUCUUUAUGGAUUUUUGAAUGUACUAGUUGUAAGUACAUCUGGAUAUAUUGCUUAUAAGAAUAUGCAAACACCAACUACAAAAAGGAACCUUUUCGCAACUAUGGGGCUAGGUAUUUCUCUGUUUUUAGCUGGUUUUAUAUUUUGGCAACUUGAUGUACAUUUCUGCUCCUUCUGGAUUGGUAUUAGAAGGAAAUAUUUGCUACUACCAUUAGGAGUAUUAUUAGAAUUGCAUGGAUGGUGGCAUUUAUUGACCGGUGCUGGUGUGUAUGCCUAUGUUGUUUUCCUUCAAUAUUUGAGAGUAUUGUCAUUAGGUGAAUUGAAUGAUUUCGAUUUUAUUUGGAGGUGGAAAUUUUGUCCAGAAUUAGUAAGAAAAGAUGCAAGUAUUGGCACCAAAUACUCUUAUCAAUUUUUGGGACCGUACGUGGAUAAACCAUUCGAUUCUCUCCCAACACAUUGA